CUGCAAACCAAGGUUUCAUUAUAUAGCGCCCAUUUUUCAUUUUCAAAACUCGCCAUUUGGUCACAACACUCUUCAUCUUCCAAAAUUCACAGAAACCCUGCACCCUUUUCUCUCUCGCAAUUGUGCUGAAAAUCACAAACCCUAAAAACCAAAAAUCCCCAAUUCCAAAACCACCUUCAUCUUCAUCAUCUUCUUCAUCUCUCACUCAGAUCCCACUCCAUUCCCUAUUUCAGCACAAUGCCUGAAGCCAGAGACAGGCGCGUGACGCCACUCGACGUCGCCGCCAUGUACGCCCAACGCAGAACUUCACCAUUCUUCGUCCUCGAUGAUUCCCACCCGUUUACCUUCGGCGCAUCACCGUUCGGCACCAGAGCUCCACGAAACGCCACCGGACGCGGCCGCGCUCUCUCCCUCCGCGCUCCCGGACCGGAGAAUACUCCUCCGCUUGUCGCUCGUCGAGGAAGGGCUCGAGCUUCUUCGCGGAGUGUUCUUCCCGCUUGGUACCCUCGAACUCCGCUUCGUAACAUCACCGACCUUGUUCGCGCUAUAGAGAGAAGGAGAGUUCCUCUGGGAGAGAGUAACGAAGGUGAGAGAACACCACUCCCUGAGCGUCAAUCUUCGGAUUCUUCUGAUGCUGGUGCUCGUCUUGAGAACCAUGCUGGUGAAUCUUCUUCUGGGGUUUCUCCCAGUCCGGUGAGCGUGAAGAUCCGGUGCAGCAAGGUGCCGAAGAUUGUUCUUGAAAUUGCUGAGGACGGGGAUGAUUCGGAGUUUCUUACUCCUCAGAAGAAGCUUCUGGAGUCAAUUGAUACGGUUGAGAAGGUUGUGAGGGAAGAGCUUCAGAGGUUGAAGAGGACUCCGAUGGGUAGAAGGGCAGAGAGGGAGAAAAGGGUGAAAACGCUAAUGUCAAUGAGGUGAAAUGUGAUAUCACUGAGCAGGGUUGGGCUAAUGUUGAAGAAGGAAGAUUGGAGAUAAUGGCACACCCCAUACUCGACAGUGCAUAGAUUCAUGAAUGGGGGUGUGCCGAUAUCGGCUUGUGCUUUUCAGCUUGUGCUCUUCGCGCGUCGACAUCUACGAGCAAGCAGCAAGACCAAGUGGCCAACUAUAUAGAUAUCGGUGGGAUUUCUUACUUAGAAAUCUCACAUUUUAGAUUUUAGUGCAAUUGUAGUUGAUUUCUUCUUUUAACUAGUUAUGAAUUCUUGUUACCCCACAAUUUUCUCAUAUAUUGAUCAUACUUCUCGCUGUUUAGGUAAUUCCUCUUUUGUCAUUCUUCUGUUGAUUUGCCUUAUAUGUUGUUCAUGCUGUUAUCAAUAUCAUUUAAUGUCAAUAGCAGUAUGAUUCAUUGAGUUUGCUUAGUAAGAUAAUGGGUAUCUUGAGUUUGAUACAAGUGACACUUGCAGCACUGGUUCAAUGUUUUGAUUGGUAAAU